AUGUCGAAUGCGCAGGCGGCGGCAUCACUGUUCGAGGUCUACGGCCAGUUCCCCAUUGCGAAAACCUUCGCAGCCACCGAUUCAGUACCCGAACCGCUAGAUUCACAAUUGCCCGCUUACAGCGCCGCGUUUGACGCGGACCCUUUGAUCAAGAGACACGCAGCCUGCGAUGAGUGCAGAAAGCGCAAGUUGAAGUGCUCAGGUGAAGCCACGGGCUGCGCACGAUGUGUCAAGCAGGCCCUGAAGUGCCGCUACUCGGCGCAGAAGCAGAUGGGCAGACCGCGCAAGAAACAGAAGACGGACGACUUUCUUCAAGACGACGAGGUCUCGGCUAUAGACACGUCCCAUCUGAAUAGUGCCCUGCGGCCGACUCCCCUUUCUGCCCUCUAUCCUCAACCUCCUCCGGCGCCGCCCGCCGUCGCCGAACUGGCAAUCGACCCCGGACUCUCUGAACAAGUUGUUGAGCGUACAAACUUUGAGAAUAUCUGCACAGCCCCCAUUACCCAGUCCAUCAAACGGGCCAGCCACGAGGCCCGAGUGGUGGCAGAAAAGGCAAACUCCUCAAAUCUACACCGUCAAGGCUCCAACAGCACCUCACCGUACGAUGGGCCUCGCACACCCCCGGCUGCAAACGACGUUUUGCCCCAGGGUUCUUAUCCGACCGAUGUCUCGCUGUGGCCUGACUUCAGUGACAUGACCAUGCUUCCAAUCUUGGUGCAAGAGAGCCAUGAACACGACAGGCAGUUAUACUCCACCAACGACGCAGACCCAAACUCCUCUCUGUCCAGUGACAAAGGACCUGGGCCGUAUGCUAACCAUUUCGCCAACCUCAGCACAAAUCAAAGCUCGUUGACACAUCUCCCCACUAUUCCAGCUUGUCCCUGCCUGCCCAACCUCUAUCUCACUCUGUCAACCCUCUCUACCCUGUCUGCAUUUCCCGUAUCCUCUGGCAUGGUCGAUGCGCUCCUGGCCGCCCAUCGGACCGGUCGUUCUGUUAUAUAUUGUCCCGUUUGCCCCCAGAAAAUGCAAUCGGGCUCUCAAAACGUAUUUCUGAGCACCAUGUUGAUCACGGUGCUUGCGGAUCAUUGGCAUCGUGUCAAAAAGGCUAGUGCUGAAGAGCUGAAGAGGGGGUUUAGCAGCUCGGAAUCAGUGCCACCGGACAACCCAUCAGAACCCUUGAGUAUCCGCGAAGAUCUUGAGUGGCGCACAUUUGGUUAUCAUUUGAUUCGAGCAUAUGUUUUCGGUGACCACGCAAUUCCCGACCCGCCCGAUGGCUCGUUCCAUCCUUUGAGAAAACCGCAAUUCAUACCUACGCAUAUAUCGUCUGAGGAUAGCGAUGCCUCUACCGUUUACACACUCGAGUCGCUUGUGUCCGCUAUCGAACGGCGUCAGAAGCAAUGGCAUGAUGUUGAGCCCUACCACAACUCGCAGGAAUUUCCCCCUCGGUUAGAACACAAUCACGUACAGGCUGGCGCUCACGGUAAUUGUCGGGGUUUGCCACGAGGGUAUGCGCCGGGGAUGACGCUCGAGGACAUUAAGAAGUGCGAAGACGAGCAUCGUGCUGGGGGGAGUGCCGACGAUGGUUUGCUGUGUUUAAAGAUUGUGAAGCAUUCUAGGAUUAUGCUGGGCAGUUUGGAAGGAGGUAUACCGAGGAUCGAAUGA